AUGGAGCCUUCUCAACUCCUUCAGCUUCUUCUCAUUUUUGUUCUUCUUCUCUUACACAGUACGGAUGCAGAUGAUCCUUCGGUUGAUUCAACCAAUCCCACCAGCAGCUCUGUAGUGAUGAAUGAUUCAGCAGACGACUCCUAUAAAAAUCCUUUCAAGUCCCGUAUGGUUAUUAUUUUUGUGGUUCUUGAUGUUGUUGGUCUAAUUGUUGUGGUGUGGCUUUUCAUUCUUUACUAUAAGAAAGCUAAGAAAUUCAAUAAAGAGAUGAAGAAUAGGGACAGUGAAGAAGAGCAAGAGAACGAAGAGGAGAUAGAGGCAGGAGAAGGUGAAGUUGUGGGUGGGAAAGCGAAAGGGAAGCUCAUAUUCAUGAGGAAUGAAGCCUAUUUUGAACUUGAUGAUCUCCUAAAAGCUUCUGCAGAGGGGUUGGGCAAAGGAAAUUUCGGAAACAGUUACAAGGCCAUGCUGGAUGAAGACUUAAUAGUUGUGGUAAAGCGGUUUAGGGAUUUGAAACCUUUAAGCACCGAGGAAUUUGGGAAGCAUUUGCAGCUGAUUGCUGCCCACAAUCACCCUAAUUUGCUUCCCCCUCUUGCUUACUAUUGCUCCAGAGAAGAGAAGUUGCUGGUGUACAAAUUUGCGGACAAUGGUAACCUGUUUGACAGACUUCAUGGAGGGAGGGGGCAGAACCGGGUCCCAUUUCGCUGGAAUUCAAGAUUAGCAGUGGCUCAAGCUGUAGCUCGAGCUUUGGAGCAUCUGCACCUCAACACCAAAACAGAAACCAUGGUCCCCCAUGGCAACUUAAAAUCGACAAAUGUUCUUUAUACCAAGAACAAUACAAUUGUUGUUUCUGAUUAUGGCCUUGCUUCAAUAAUAGCACCUCCAAUCGCAGCUCAAAGGAUGGUUUCAUAUAAAUCACCCGAGUAUCAAAAUCUGAGAAGGGUCUCCAAGAAGUCUGACGUGUGGAGUUAUGGCUCCCUCCUCCUGGAGCUCCUCACAGGAAGAAUCCCGUCUCAUACUGCACCAGAAGGCAAUGGAGUGGACAUCUGUAGUUGGGUCCACCGAGCAGUGAGAGAAGAAUGGACAGCUGAGAUUUUCGACCACGAGAUAUGUACUCGGAGAGGUUCCUGUGAAGGGAUGCUGAGUCUACUGCAAAUUGCAAUUGGUUGCUGCGAUAAGUCACCGGAGAAGCGUCCAGACAUGACAGAAGUGGCCAAAGAAGUAGCAAAUAUACAGGCGGUCGGUGCAGAAGCAGACGAUGACUUCUCCUUUGAUCGAUCAUCAUUUACCGAUGAUUCUCUGUCAACAAAUCCAUCAAUCGUACUGGCAGAUGCUUAA